AUGGAUGAGCUGUUGGAAAUGUUUAACUCCUUCAUAGGGGAAGCAUUCGACAGAGAAAAAGCGAUGGAGGUUGAGUUCAAGGAAUUCGAAACUAAACUCAACGAGUGCGUUAUGCAGGCGAAGGAACGGGGUACUCCGGUGCAGAACAAAAAGCGUCCAAAAAGACAGCUUUCCAUAUCGGAACGGGAUGAAAAUAGUAUCAGCGGUACCACCAGAUGCGACACAACCACAAAUGAAGAUCAAGGAAGCCAUACGACGAUGACCCAAUCCAGCGAACGGAAUAGCUCCGCUACAAACAGGUCGUCCGCUCGCAUGCUGAAUGUAUCCGGACCGUCUCAAGAAAAGGCACCUCCACAGCAGACUGUCCCGUCAAGCGAGGAUACAACUGCUCGUCCUUCUAGAGCAGCCCGAAUAAAGGCACAGGACAAACUGAAGGAAAUUCCACUGAAAUCAAAAAUUCGUAACGACGCCGGUUCUAUAGCGAUGUCAAUUAAAACAGAACGAAUUUCUACGGUCGCUAACGGCAACGGCAAUAAAAUCGCUGAAAAAUCUACGCUGCCUACCGAUACCGAGCAGACAUUCAAUGAUAUGGAGGUAGAGAACGAUGCCAACCAAGCGAACAGGAUCAUUUCUAAGGAGCAGGAACCAUCGAAAAAGCGUUCCCCGUCGGCUGUCACACGCGAAACGUCCUCGUUACUGGUUGUCCCACCGGUGAUACCUAAGGUUGAGAUAGUUUCCGACGAAGAGAUGCCUCCACCAAAGAUGCCGCCACCGAAACCGGCACCGAAGGCACGCACUAAGAAGAAGCCUGCGGCGGAACCCGAGAAGAGUUCGAAGGAAGCUCCAGCUCGUUCCACCGUUUCAUCGGCGGAUUCGAUGAUGGAUGAUAAUGUGAGUCAGGAGAGCAAUAAAAAAAGCGAGAUUCGCCCAACGCGUGGAAGACCACCAAAAGCGAAAGCGGAAGCUAAACAAUCUACCACCAAUGGACCGAAUUUGAUGAUCGAACCUUCUAGAGUUAAGUCGGAAAAGCUAUCAAUCGUACAGCAGCAGACGUCUGGUCAGUCCGUGUACGAAGAUGCCCAUGAGCAGGAGCAGGAACCCGAACUGCAACGGGAACCGUCUGCAUCGGAGCUUCAGAGUCAAAUGCGUCCCUUAAAGAUCGCUCUGCAAAAGAUGCCAGUGCCGCAACCUCUUCCGCAUGAUUUGAACGGUACAUAUGUCGUCACACAACCCGCGUCAUCCAAUAUGACGUCCCCUACGGUACAGGACGGAACAUUUACGGUUACUUCCCCGAUGGAUAUUGGACCGGGAGGCAACGAAACGUUUAAUAUUCCCGCGAAGGGAGCUACCCCGGUGGGACAAAACGGAGCUGGAGUCACGAACGAAACGUUCGUGCUUGAUAAAAGCGAUCCUUCCAAGAGGCAGGGUCCAGCAAACUUAGCCAAUGCCAGCAUCAUGACCGAGGACGAUUCGGUGAUCGAAAAUUCACCCAUCCAGGCACCUCAAAUACCGGAGUUGAAACCGAAGCAAAUGAUCACAUCGUUAAUUCCGCCCAUGCUCGCUCCGAAACCGAAAAAUCUCACCUCCAUGGGUAUCGUGAAAAAGGCGAGCAAUGCUAAGAAAAACAAGGAACUCUUCAAUCCAUGCGUCAUGAGCCCAAUCAAGAGUCGCAUCGAGGCAUUCGAGAAGUGUGUCACCACGGGCCAGCAGAAGGUGGGCACACCGCAUUCACAAAUUGGUCGGAUCGUCAAAACGGUUAGUACGCCGACUCUCGUUAGCGAGCCGGUUGGAUUGGUACGGUCGGCCCAAGCCAAAUCGACCGUCUGCACUCCGAACAGUGUCGCACAGCCGAUUCAGAAGGCUUCCUCUGCGUCGAAGAUUGCACAAAUGCAAAAUCGAGCUGUCCUUGCUUCGGCUAGCACAAUGACGCGCAGUCAGUCCCGUGAUUCGAGCUGGGACCGUGCCGGUGGUGGCGGUGCGAGCGGUGGCACGUUGUCGGCGGCUUCCUCCACGUCGUCCCUGUUGGACGAGAAAAAGAAAAAACGCGAAGAAAAACAGCGCCUGGCGACGCAGCAGCGGGAGGCAAUAGAGCGCGAGAAGCGCGAACAUGCCGAGCGGUUGCUGCGUGAGAAGGACGAAAAGUUCCGAAAGCUGGUCAACGAGAAGCAGGAGAAGAUGCGCUUGGACGCGCAGAAGAAAGCACGCAAGCUGGAGGAGUUCGAGAAGCGGCGCCAACAGGAGGAGCAGAAGGCACUCGCAGAUCAAAAGCGAGAGGACCUCGCCAAACAGAUGGCCGAACAGCAACGGAUCGACCGCGAGCUGCUGGAAUCGUUGAAGCAAAGCCAGACGAAAGAAAACCACGAGAUUAAGCUGCACAAGCAGCUGUACCAGCAGAAGCUGCGCCAGCAGCAGCAACAGUUGGAAAAGCAGCAGCUGGCAGCGAAGAAGAAAACUACUGCGCGCAGCCAGGCGUUCGUGUUCGAAAUGAUCGACACGGACGACUCUACGGACGAGGAUGUCCCCGAGGAUCCGAACGCACCGCGCAAGAAGAAGCGACCACCGAUUCCAGAUUGGUGCAAGCACACUGCCAACUUCCGGAAAAAUCUCGCAAUCCAAGCCCAGAUUGACACCAAGGUGAUCGAUCGGUUGUUCUCGGUGCAACCAAUGACGCCCGAUCUGCGUAAACUGUUCCCUACGAUCGAUGCGCGCAAGCUGAAGCGAAACUCGAGCGCCAUCUGGCGCACUCCUCCGCGGUACUCGCAACUUCCGUGA